AUGGUCCUUGCUGGUAACAACAUGCUUGAAAUACAAGUUGUCAAACAGCAUCUUGAUAAGAUUUUUAAGAUCAAGGACUUAGGUCCACUUCAUUUCUUCUUAGGCUUUGAGAUUGCACGUUCUCAAAGAGGGAUUAUUUUAAAUCAGAGGAAAUACACAUUAGAAUUGUUAGCUGACAGUGGUGUGAUUGGUGCCAAGCCUGUCUCUACUCCAAUGGAAGCCACACUUCGAUUAUCUCAGAACCAAGGAGAUUCUUAUGCUGAUGCUGCAUCCUACCGUAGGCUAGUUGGACGCCUCCUAUACCUCACAAAUACAAGACCUGAUAUCUCUUUUGCUGUACAUCAAUUGAGUCAAUUUGUUGCACAUCCUAUGCAAUCUCAUUUUGAUGCUGAGCUUUGCAUAUUAAAGUACCUAAAAGGAUCUCCAGUCAAGGGACUUUUCUUCCCAUCUCAUAAUUCUCUUGUUCUUACAGGAUUCACAGACGCCGAUUGGGCCACAUGCCCUGACACUCGUCGUUCUACUACAGGGUUCUGUGUCUUCCUUGGAUCAUCAUUAAUUUCUUGGAAAUCUAAGAAACAAACUACAGUUAGUCGUUCAUCAGCCGAAGCAGAGUAUCGCCCGUUGGCCACUUUGACUUUUGAAUUACAAUGGCUUACAUAUCUUCUUCAUGAUUUCCAUGUUCCAGUUACUAGUCCAGCCAAGGUGUAUUGUGACAAUCAAGCAUCCAUUCAUUUGGCUCAUAAUCCUACAUUCCAUGAAAGAAGCAAACAUAUAGAGUUGGAUUGUCAUUUGACUCAUGAGAAAAUUGCUCAAGGCUUGAUUCACUUGCUUCCAAUUUCAACUAAGCACCAGCUAGCAGAUACAUUCACCAAAGCUCUUCAUCCUGCUCCUUUUCAUACUUUGUUGUCCAAGUUGGGACUUUAUGACAUAUACCUCCCAACUUGA